AAAAACUAAAUGAAAUGAUCUUGUGCAGAAUUUUUCGGUGUUGGAGAGCCAUCACUGGCGGUUUGCCAUCUCCUGCUUUCAUGAAUCGCAAAUCUUUGAACAUUUAUCGGCCGACGAAUGGAUACAAAUCGAGUCACAACUGAAGGCACUAAUACUGGCCACAGAUAUCACUCGACAAAGUCAUUACAUCGCUCUUCUUAAACACUAUUUAUCAAACCCGGAAUCGUUUUCAAUGACAGUACCAGAGAAUCGACACUUUAUAUUACAAAUUGCCCUCAAGUGUGCAGAUCUGGCAAAUCCUUGUCGGCCCUGGGAUUUAAGUAAGCGAUGGAGUGAACAGAUCUGUAAUGAAUUCUAUAGGCAAGGAGAUUAUGAAAGUCAACUCAAUAUCCCGGUUACCCCCAUAUGUAACCGACACACCACUGGCAUCGCACGCAUACAAACAGACUUUUUCAAGAGUAUUGUCACCCCAUUGUUUGAUUUGUGGGACCAAUUUCUAUGCUCUCCGCUCUCACGACAACUCAUUAAUAAUCUUCGUUUCAAUGAUAACCAGUGGAACCAUUCACUCAUCAAAACCAAACUAAAGCGCAGACACUCUCUCGAGUGUGUCUUCACUGCCAAACAAAGCGAUGAAUCCAUGAAAAGAAGCCAUUCUUUGAAUGAUAUCAAAGAUGUGAAUGAAAUGAGUUUAACUCAAUUUAAGAGUCUCUAUAAACCCAAAGCCAAACAAUGCAUUAAUGGUUGCGGGACUCCGCCCAACGCCGACGAGUCUAACAAUAAAACUAAUAAUAAAUCAAAAGUUUUAUGGGAUAUACAAACCGAUGAAGAAGAGGAAGAAGAAGAAGAUCGUGUCCAACACUACGCCUAUCAGAGCAUUACGCCUAAUAUUAAGAGUUACUCUUUUCAAAUGCCAUCCCAACCAUCGCACGGAUCAUACUUUUACGAUAAGAAGCAUAUGAUUGGUCGCCGGGGAUCAGCUCCGGGAUGUAUAGGUGUGUAUGCGAGUUGUGAAUUGGCGGCGGCGUUAGUCUUCCUUCACGGGGCGGUGGCCUCGUCUCAGGACCAACAAAGGAGAUCGUCGUUUCCGGCCGACAGAGCGGCCCGACAUUCGGCGAAUAACAUACACACAAACGGUGCUAAUAAGAGAACGGGCGGCGCAUUCGGUACGGCGGGUGCUCUGAGGGGUCGAUCGCUGGAAUAUUUAGUGUCUUCAUUAAAGAAAAACAAAAGCUUUUAUCACUUGUUGUAUAUUAUAGUGCACUGUAUAGCAAGACGAGUGCAUACAUAA